CCGAUGACCGAACGUUGAUUUACUUGGAUUCUUGAUGGAACGAGGGAACCCUUGUGGAAUAACAAUAGAAAAGUUGUUGAUCUUUUGAAGAAAUUCGAGAUGAAAUACGAUAAAUAUUGCUUGAAAACCAGCCAUAUUUUUUAUGUUGGAGUCAUGGAGACUGUGAGGGACCUACAACAAGGAAUGGAGACGAUGGCGGAACUACAACAGGGGGGCGAUGAUUGGCUGGCUACCAUGAAGAUGGGAUGUCAGCGGCUGCAGGCGGUCGUGGGGGUUUUGUUGUUUCAGAUGCAGAAGGGGUUGGUGGUCGAUGGGGGUGCAAUGACACUGGGUGAGUGGUUGGACGCCCACACUCUAAAUAUGUUGGAUAUCCUGUGGGAGCUGGAGGAGGGGCCGGAUCCCCAAUUUGAUGACUAUAUGGAUUGGAGACGGGUGGAGGCACGGAUGGGAGUCUGCCAGGCUCUAUUUCGGGAGGGACGUGAUCUGCGUUAUCAGAUGGAGGAUGGACUGGAGAUGGAUGACACAGGGGUAGAUGGGGAGCGACCUCUAUGUCAUCUCGAUGACACAGUGGGAGAUGGGGAGCUACUCGACUACAGCUUUGGGACAAUGAGUGAAAGCGACAAUCAUCGACGAUUGGACGAAGAUAGCAAUUACACUAGCGACGUGAUUGACCUUACCAUCGCAACAUCAGCGCCGAAGAUGGAGGAUCGACUGGAGAUGGAUGACACAGGGGUAGAUGGGGAACUACCUCUAUGUCAUCUCGAUGACACAGUGAGAGAUGGAGAGUUACUCGACUGCAGCUUUGGGAUAAUGGGUGGAAGCGACAAUCAUCAGCGAUUGAACGAAGAUAGCAAUUACACUAGCGACGUCAUUGACCUUACCAUCGCAACAUCAACACCGACAGUUUGCAUCACAACGGUAUCGAAUAUCGCACAAGCUUUUGGUGGCGAGAUGGACGCCAGUAUCUCAUCAACAACAACAACCAUCUUAUCACGAUGGCCAGGUCAGCAGGUCAAGGCCACGUGGGGCUAUUUGUCGGGAAUGGUGAGCCGGGGGAGGGGUGUGUGCUUCGUUUUGGCUUUUUCUCGGGUGGGGAUAGGAUAGUACUUGGGUGGCAGUGGGGGUGGUAUUUAGUUCGUCGAUGGCGAGCCUACCCAAUUUCGUGACAUGCUUAG